UCGACAAAUAUCAUACACGUAACAAAGUGAUGUUCUUUGGAUUUUGCGCGAUAGGAGCUUGCCUAGGAUUCGCACUGCUGUGCUUCACGCCUAUGGAGAACGGUUUGCCGAUCAGGGCAAAGUAUCCCUUGAACACGACCGUAUCACCUUGGCACGAGAUCAGUUUCUUCGUUGAAACUUGCGCCGUAUCUGGCGGUCUGUUAGGAAUAAUCGUAAUGGACAGCAUGACGACUUUCAAGUGCAGCUUGAUCACGAUGCUAUUGGACGCGUUGAAUGUCAAUUUUGAAAAUUGUAACUAUGAAACGAAGCAGACGAAUAUAUACAAGGAAAAACGGAAUAAUAAUAAUAGAUUCCUCGAUCGUUACAAGAAGUGUGUUCAAUUUCAUCAACGAUUAGUAAUCAUAUCGAAGGAUUACAACGAGAUAUACAAUUUAAGCAUGUUCGUUCAGAUGCUUUCCAGCACCUCGAUCAUAUGUCUGACUGGUUUUCAAGCUGUUGUGGUCGGAGGGCAAAGUUCGAAUAUUAUGAAGUACGGGAUUUAUCUUAGCGCGGCUAUGUCUCAACUCUUCUACAUCUGUUGGUUAGGGAACGAGCUCUGUUACGCGAGUUCGAUGUUGGACAAAAGUCAAUGGUUCUCGGGAUGGCAACACGAGCGUUUGACCGAUAUCGCUCAAGUGUUCACGUUAUCCACGGUGUUCACCAGAAAAUCUAUAAUUCUAAGAGCAAGUGUAUUUUACAUUCUGUCUUUGGAAACUUUUAUCGUGAUUAUAAAGAGAUCUUACUCGUUUUUUACCUUAUUGAACAACAUGGAUUUAACGGAUCAUUAACACCGUCGUUCUGCCGUCUUUAUUGCCGUAUUAACAUGCAAGAAGACGCGCAAAGAAGCAUCGAUUCGUAAUAUUCCCCGGUUAAAAAACGGUAAACGGAAGCU